AUGGAAGGACCAAAUGGCCCAAGUCUUUAUCAACAAACCAUCUCAUCUUCACACAACACUCCUUCAUCAAUCAACAUUCAUACCAAUUCGUCUGCCAUUCUUCCAAUCGUUGAACCUCAUCAAAUUCUUUCUAAAGUACGCACCACCGGUGAUGCAUCAAUAACCUCAGAGAAGAUUUACGACGAAAUUGAUGAGUUAAAAUUCGAAAUCAAAACUCGAGCAGCUACAGCAGUCUCUGCAGCGAACAUCAAAGCUGUUAAAUCCAAAAGAUCUUCUUUCAUAUCAAAAAUUCUCAAUUUCCAUCGAAGCCGACCACAUUCACUUGCAAUACAUAACCACUGCCAAACUUUCAGGAUGUCUCCCUCUGCUUUACAAGAACGAGGGGCUCUUGAUACCGAACAUCGUCCUGCUGUAGUGUGUCCGCAAAGAUACACCAAGCUACAGGCCAUACCUUACAAGUGGCCUCAUGACGGUACACUUGACAGAUCUACUACAGCGUUAGUCAUUAUUGACAUGCAGAAAGAUUUUGCUUCUGCCGAGGGAUAUCUGGCAAAGCAAAACAUUGACAAUAAACCAAUUCUCGAUAUUGUCCCUAACAUUCGAAAACUUCUCGACACUUGCAGAGCCAAAGGGUAUCCAAUUUACCACACGCGUGAAGGUCAUCGGCCUGAUUUGUCCACCCUUUCCGAGCGUGAAAGGUACCGUUCAAAGAACAAUCCAUCUGGACUUGGUAUCGGUGAUCAUGGCCCACUAGGACGCCUCUUGAUCCGUGGGGAGAGAGGUCAUGAGAUUAUCGAUGAAUUGGCGCCUCGAUCAAAUGAACCAGUUAUUGACAAGCCAGGCCGAAGCGCUUUCCAACACACCGAGUUCCGGCUUAUGCUCAAUAUCAAAGGUAUCAAGAAUCUGAUCAUAUGUGGUGUAACAACGGACGUUUGUGUAACGAGCACAAUGAGGGAUGCCAAUGAUAACAACUUUGAUUGCGUCUUGGUGAAGGACGCGUGUGCCGCCGGCGUCCUCGAAAAUCACACAAGGGCUGUCGCAUCGAUUACCGAAGAAGGGGGAAUCUUUGGCGCUGUUACAACCGUAAAAGAUGUUUUGAAUGGGUUGGGAGCUGGAUCAGUUCCGAAGAAACACAAGGAUGGAUCCAAGGUUUCCAAUCCAGAACCAAAACUGGCAGAACACUUCAAAGCUGCCUCGAAGACUAUCGUCAGUCACAAUCCAAAUCCCGAUUCGGGGAGAGAAGAUUCAGAGAUGUCUGAUUAUGAACCAAUUAUGGAACAUGACAAUGCGGUAUCAGGGGAUGAUCAUGUGCCGGGUGAAAGGAAUAAAUCUUCACGCCGUUCCACACGUAGCCGCAACAAAAAACCGAAAAUUAUUCUACCGAACUACGGAGACAGUAGUGAUGAAAGUGACGAGAUGCCUAGCUACUCAGGUGGCAAGCAAGUUACAUGA